GGAGGAGAUGAGGAGGUGAGGAGGAGAGGUGUCGUGGUAAGGAAGGCACGGCUCAGCUUUUGAAAAAACAAUGCUCCAGGAGCAUAACAAAACAGAGCACAGAAUAUCAACAGACAACCACUACUUUACAAUUAAUUGUCUUGUCUUGACUAGAACUCCAUUCGUUCCUUUUAUAUCCAAUAGUUAUUGACAGUCUAAUCGCUAGUCUACAGAAUGGGCCACAAAUUCUCCGCAGUCCACGGUGUCAAGUCAGACCACUUCUACAAGCCCGGGAACGCCAUCAACGAGAUCUGGCUGGGUAAGCUAGAGAUCGUGUCUCGACUGCCAUUUGGAGACUCGGACCUGGCCCAGGCCGGUUGGGCUAAGAGCGGCUGGCCCAAAAUUCCAUGGCACAACUUUAUCAUACCUCUGCGGCGCCGAGAGACGACGACGACGACGACGACGACGACGACGACGACGCCUGUCAGGCGAGGAAUCGGCCAUGGGAAUGAACUCCGAUGGGGAGAAGAGGGGAACUUGUUGAAGGAUAUAUCAGUGUCACAGGGGAUGCUGGCGGUGGCGAUCAUCCUGACGAUUUUUGCCAUGGCGGCCUUCAGUCUCCCAGUCCUGCUGCAGCGAAGCAAGAACCGCCGGUCUUUCGACAUGUGCAAAUUUCGGACGGCGCAAUGGAAGAAAAAGUUCAAGACGCACUUUUGGGCCGCGGUGGGCUCUCUCGUAGUGGGAGCUAUGCUCGCUCUGGUCGGGUACCUUGCCGUGGAGCUUGCGGUGCAACACGUCGACCCGACCGAUGCGGAUACCGCUGGCUUCACUGGCCUGGUUCGCAUUCUCUAUGGUCUGAUUAUGUCGAUUGUGUUCUUGUGUUCGGCUACAGCCGUGGGUGCCCUCUGGGCGGAGUGGAAGGAGUUUUGUCGGGUGGUAGGUGGCGAGCCUGUUUUCAUCCAGCUCCUGGAUCGAGCAUGAACGGUGAGGAGUGGAAGGGAAGGUAUUAAGCUAUUUGCGUGCUUGGGUCUAUUCUUAGUCUUGUAAUACCAGACCUACCCCUAUUCUUUCCUAUUUGGAAAAGAGAUCCUUCCAUAAUUCCUUAAGCCCGUACCCCUUGGACUUAUCCUCGUCGUAGACCCGAGACGCCUGCGUCGUGCUUAAUGUCUGCAUGAUCCUCGGUGCC